UUUUUUCUUCUUUUUUAUGUUUAAAUUUGUGAGUAACGAUUGUGCAGAAGUUUUCUUGUCAAAACAUCUCCCGUGCUUAAGUUUUAUUUUUUGGAACUAAAGUUUUUAAUGCAAUCUUAUGCAAAUUUUGUUGUAAAGGGCUUGGAAUUCAGUUUCAGUUUAUGGAUUUUUGGUCGUACUUUAUUAGAGUUCUUAUACAGAUGACAGAUGUUUGAAUCCAUCCUGGCAUUUCGUAUAAUGUUCAUUUGGGGAGGAUUUUCCUUGAUUAUAUUUGAGUUUCUGGCCAUCUGAGCAUGCUUGACAUGUGAUUCAAAAGAUUCUUGUUCAUACAGGCUAGUUAUUUAGUUUUAUUGUGCGGUAGUAACUUUUUAUUAAAAAAAAGUCUAUUCAUCAAGUAGAAUCUCUGUAAAUUUCACUGUUCAUGAACUGAUUGGGAUAUAUUUUAGUUGAGUGCUUUUGUUUUUGAACUGUUCCAUUAGGAGGCAUGUCUGUGAAUCCAGGAGGGAAAUAAGUUUUCUUGAAAGUUAUGUCUUUAUUGAAUUAAUUUCCUAUUUUCAUGUAGAAACUAUAUCAGACUUGCUCUAAAUAUCUCACACAUGUAUUUAAAAUAGUUUGUUGCCCUGCAGAUCUGAGAUCAAACACAAUAGCUUUGUGUGGUGAGAUUGAUUGACCGACAUGAUUCUGCUCAUGGUUUGUAACAGAUUAACUGAUUAAUUGAGUCUUGCUCCUCAAUUAAUUGCCAGUUAGUAACAAUCAAUGUCCAGUGCUACCCCAGCGUACAGACCCUACCGCCAUUUAAAAACCCUAACGGCUCACAGUCGUGCUGUUUCGUGCGUGAAAUUCUCCAAUGAUGGAACCCUGCUUGCCUCUGCCUCUCUUGAUAAAACAUUGAUAAUAUGGUCGGCCUCGACACUCUCCCUUAUCCACUGCCUUGUUGGUCACUCCGACGGCAUAUCGGACCUUGCAUGGUCUUCUGAUUCUCACUACAUCUGCUCAGCUUCUGAUGAUCGCACCCUACGCAUCUGGGAUGCACGUGCCCCCUUUGACUGCCUAAAGACUCUUCGUGGGCACUCGGACUUUGUCUUCUGUGUGAAUUUUAAUCCUCAGUCUAAUCUGAUCGUAUCAGGAUCAUUUGAUGAAACAAUUCGUGUUUGGGAGGUGAAGACAGGGAAAUGUAUGCGCAUGAUUCAGGCUCAUGCAAUGCCUGUUACUUCUGUGCAUUUUAACAGGGAUGGUUCACUGAUCGUGACUGGGAGUCAUGAUGGAUCUUGUAAGAUUUGGGAUGCAGGGGAAGGCACAUGCUUGAAGACGCUUAUUGAUGAUAAGGAUCCUGCUGUGUCCUUUGCUAAAUUUUCUCCCAAUGGGAAGUUCAUUCUUGUUGGCACUCUCGACAGCACUCUUAAGCUGUGGAAUUACUCAGCGGGUAAGUUCUUGAAAGUCUAUACAGGUCAUACAAACAGAGCUUAUUGUAUAACAUCCACGUUCUCUGUAACAAACGGGAAGUAUAUUGUUAGUGGAUCAGAGGACAAGUGUGUUUACUUAUGGGAUCUGCAGCAAAAAACUAUGCUUCAAAAGCUUGAAGGCCACACUGACACAGUGAUUUCUGUAACCUGUCACCCCACUGAAAACAAAAUUGCUUCUGCCGGCCUUGAUGGUGAUAGAACAGUGAGGAUCUGGGUUCAAGAUGCAUGAGUUGUUUGAAAUGAUAUAUGAAUUAGUUAUUUGUGGUGAGACAUGUAGAUGUUGUCUCUGAACAUGUUAUUUCAUUUCUAUUAAAAAAAAAAAAAAAAAAAAAAAAAUUGCAUGUCAAUUCUGUUUGUUUGAGAUGCCUGGUUAACAUAUAAGUAGAAUUUGUUAUGAUAAUGUGGUUUACAUGGGAAUGGGAUAAUCACAUAUAAUGUAUCCUUCUUACAGAAUAGCUUCAAAAAUGUAUGGUGAGGUGAGGUUUGGAGUUACAUGGUAAUGUUAUUGGCAACAAAGUCAGUAACUGAUCACAUUAAUGUUGCUGUGUUUUCUUGUAUCUAAU